AGGCAAAACCCCCCAAAAACAUUGGAAUACUUUUGGUGAAGAUUCAAAAUCCACUAAACUAAAAAUAAAAAUGGAUUACACCAAGAACUCCAUCUCCACUCUUGCAAUUAUUUCUCUGCUUUUAGUUGGAUUUAUUUAUAUUUCUACUUUAUCUACUUUUCCCCCUAAAACUUUCUUGUCUUUUCAAAUUAACCCAACAAACUCUCCACCUGGGAUGGCGAAGUAUGAGCUUGAAGGAGCUUUAAAAAAAGCAUCAAUGGCGGAAAAAACAGUAAUUAUUACUGUAAUAAACAAAGCUUACGUGGAGCCCUAUAACGGCGAGUACCCAUCGAUGUUCGAUCUAUUUUUGGAGGGAUUUUGGGAAGGAGAGAGUACAAGGGUAUUACUGGAACAUUUAUUAGUGGUAGCUGUGGAUCAGACGGCGUAUGAACGGUGUAGGUUCCGGCGACUUCAUUGUUACCGGUUAGUCACCGGCGACGGAGAUUUCGCCAGAGAGAAGAUUUAUAUGUCGGAGGAGUUUAUUAAAAUGAUGUGGAGAAGGACACGGUUUUUGAUGGAAGUGCUUAAACUUGGUUAUAAUUUCAUAUUUACGGACACAGAUGUAAUGUGGCUAAGAAAUCCAUUUUUAUUGUUAAACAAGAGCAAAAAAUUGGAUUUACAAAUGAGUACUGAUCGGUUCAAUGGAGACUCUUUCUCCUACUCAAAUUCCAUCAAUACAGGGUUUUACUAUGUGAGGUCCAACAGAAAAACCAUCACAUUAUUUGAAAUUUGGUACGCGAUGAGGAGGAACUCGAAGGGCAUGAAAGAACAAGACGUGUUGGCCAAAAUGUUACGUGAAGGCGUGAAUAAGGAACUCUAUCUUAGAAUGAAAUUCUUGGACACCCUAUAUUUUGGUGGUUUCUGUAGCGAUAAUAAAGAUGUUAAGUUAGUUAUGACCGUUCACGCUAAUUGUUGCCGGACCAUUGAAGCUAAAGUGGCUGAUUUGAAGAAUGUACUAGUAGAUUGGAAGAGAUUCAAGGAGGGUCAUGUUACUGCUGGUGAAAAUAGCUUCAAAUGGUCUAACCAUAUUUCUUGUAACAAUUCAUGGCAUGUACUUUGAGCUAGAGAGGAUUCCUAGUCUAGCAGUGCAUUAUUUAGAAUAGUAGAAAUAUAUAUAAGUGAACAAGUAGAGUAUACUAUAACGUUUCGAGAGUUACGUUCAAAGAAUUCUACAAAAAUAACAUCUAACUUCAAGAGAAUCUUUUCUA